GCACCUGUGGGGAGGGGACGCCCGAGCGAGCUGGGCCGGAAGAGGGCAGGAAGGAGGAGAGGCAAUCGCGGCUCGCUUCCACUUUGCGCUGGCCACUGUGAGCAGCGAUCCAGUUCCCCCAGACCCAGUGUAUGUGAACUUGGAGGCUCUGCGGAGGGUCGUCCCACCUGACUCCUGGGAGACGCAUACCGAUGCGGACAGUGGACAGCCGUACUACUACAACCCUGGUACCGGAGAGACCACGUGGGAGCCCCCGGCCGACCCAGGCCCCUCCUCGCCCGUCCCCUCCAGCCCGGUAGUUCCGGAGGCCCCGGAGGCCUCAGAGAUUCCAGAGGUCCCAGAGGUGGAGUGGGAGAAGUACUGGGACGAGGAGAGCCAGCGCAUCUUCUAUUACAAUCCGCUGACCAGGGAGGCCAUGUGGGAGGAGCCUAGCCUCCUGGAGAUGCAACCCGACCCGAACAGUCCCUGCAGCCCCCUAGAUCCGAGGCCCCCUACGCCGGAGACGGACUACCCUGGCGCUCUGGAUGGCUACCCUGCCGAGGACUACUUCCCCAGGGACGAUGACGAUGGCGCUCCCCUGUCCCCGCAGCUCUGUGAGGAUGAGGUCUCGUCUCCUGGAUGGCAGUGCCAAACUGCAGACGAUGGGCAGAGAUUCUAUACGAGCCUCUACUCACAGGGCCUGUGGAUCGAGUCUGAAGAUGAGCAGGGAAAACCAUAUUUCUACAAUCCAGAUGAACGUUUGUCCCUGUGGGAGCUGCCGCAGGUCCAGAUCCCCAGCCCCCAUUCCCUCCCCAAGGCCAGCAGUGAAUCCAGCCUGGACAGUGGCCACGUGGGACCCUGGCCGGAGCCCAACAAGCCCGAAGAGAAGGUAAAGACCCUUGAUAAAGCUGGCGUUCUCUUCCGGACCAGAACUGUGGACAGAGGGAAGCGUCUGCGAAAGAAGAACUGGAGCUCAUCCUGGACAGUGCUGGAAGGUGGCGUGCUGACCUUCUUUAAGGAUUCGAAGACCUCGACAGCCAGCGGUUUGAGGCAACCAUCCACGCUGUCCACGCCUGAGUUCACGGUGGAGCUGCGGGGUGCGGUCGUGUCCUCGGCGUCCAGGGAUAAGUCCAGCAAGAAAAACGUCCUUGAGCUGAAGAGCAGAGAUGGCUCCGAGUACCUGAUCCGGCACGACUCAGAGACCAUCAUUGACAACUGGCACAUUGCAAUCGCUGAAGGCAUCCGGUCUGCCGAAUUGCCUCCCGAGAGCGAGAACACGUCCAGUUCUGGGGCUGGUGAGAGGCUGGAUGGCGGAAGGGAUAAGAGGGAGGAAGAGGACAGAAGGCACCUAGGUCACUCCCAGGCCGCCGCCCCCCCUGGCCCCGAGAAUCUUGAUUCCCACAAAGUUGGCUACAAACUGCGCAAGUUUCUGCUGCGGAGGCCCACCCUGCAGGCCCUGCGGGACAAGGGCUACAUCAAAGACCAGGUGUUCGGCUGUUCCCUGCCUGUACUGUGCGAGCGAGAGAAGAGGUCGGUCCCAGCCUUCGUGCAACAGUGCAUCCAGGCUGUGGAAGCUCGGGGGCUGGACAUCGAUGGGCUGUACCGCAUCAGCGGGAACCUGGCCACCAUUCAGAAACUGCGCUACAGAGUGGAUCAUGAGGAGCAUCUUGACCUGCAGGACGGGCGCUGGGAAGAUGUCCACAUCCUAACUGGGGCCCUGAAACUCUUCUUCCGGGAGCUACCUGAGCCUCUCUUCCCGUUCAGCCACUUUCAGCAGUUCAUCGCGGCCGUCAAGCUGCAGGAUCCUGCCCAGCGGAGCCGCUGCACCCGUGACCUUGUGCGCACUCUCCCUUCAGUCAACCAGAACACCAUGCGUGUCCUCUUUCAGCACCUGUGCCGGGUUGUCGAGCACCAGGAGGAGAACCGCAUGUCCGUGCAGAGCGUGGCCAUCGUGUUCGGGCCGACGCUGCUGAAGCCUGAGCGGGAUGAAGGCAACAUGACUGUGAACAUGGUGUUCCAGAACCAGCUGGUGGAGCUGAUGCUGCAGCAGUGCCACUACAUCUUCCCCGAGGCCUGAGCCUCCGGGCCUGUCCGUCGGCCCCAACCCAGAGUGCGGGCCGGGAGCCGGGGGUUGGGGGCCGGGGACUUCAGCCUGGGACCCGGGGUGGUACCCAGGACACCACUGGAGGGGAGGACUGGUCAAUAAAUGGAGACACUGGAGCUGUGUGGCCCUGCGAAGAGCCUGCCACUGCCCCUGGGCCCACCCUGGCCCCACUGCUGCCCCCUCCCCACCCCGCCCUCCUGUACUCAGCCCCUGCAAGAUUUCGGGGCCCUGGCUUCCCCUGGCUCAGCCCUGCCAGAUUCUCCAGCAUGGGGCCAGGACCAGCUCCCACCCACCACAGCCAGAGCCGUCAGCCCAGCCCACUGGGCCUCUGACUCCCUGGGUUCCUCAGCUGCUCUCCCUCCAGCUGAAGUGUCCCUCACCGCUCGCUCCUGCUCCGGAUCCCGAGGGUGCGGGGGGUCAUUUGAUCUCCCAACCCCUGCGGGUCUGAGGAAGGAGUGAUCUCAGAGACUACCGGGAACUUUUCUUCUCCCGGAAGUGCAGUAUUUCUCCAGGGUGCAGGGACUCCUCUUUCGACCAGAAAAGAGACCCAGCAUGUCUCUAGGAGCCACAGUGGGACUGGAGAUGGGGGGCUGGGACUCAAUCCGUCCCUAUCCGGCAGUUGGUCUGACCCGCUCGCUCACCAGAAGAGACAGGUCACAGAGCAGCUCCCAACCCCAGCCCGGCUCUCUGCUGGACUGAGCCACGCCCAGCCAAUGUCCAGGCCCCAGCCUGCCCUGGCCUCAGCCCACGCUGCUGCGCUCUGCCCACAUAUCGGCCUUCCCCCUGCCCCCGUGUGCCGUCCCGCCCCCCUCCCCUCGUUCUCCCACCCUCCUCAUCCCCCUCUCCUCACCCUCAUUGCCACCCGCAGAACAGGGCUCGCAGCCCUAAAUCCAUCCUGAGUGCCUGCUGUGUACUGAGGUGACGGAGCCCCAGGCCCUGGCUUUAAAGGAGCAGUAAGAGAAGCUGUGAAAUGCCUCCUGUAGGAAAAACGCUGUACUGAGUAUCGGAAGAUUACUAGACAUGGUUCCUGGCCCCUGAGGGGCUCAUGGUCAAAGAAGCAGAAUGGGCCUAUUUUUGGAGGCUUCUGUCCAGUCAGUGUGCAGCAGUAAUAAUAAUCAUAUUUAUUGAGCAUCCACCUCGUGCAAUGCACUGUAAUAAACGCUUAGGGCAGUCCAACAGGAGCAUAUCAUGCUCCCUGCCCACAAUCAA